AUGACUUAUUUUAUGCUUUUUAUGGGGUUGUGCUUUGUGUUAGGGGGGUUGGCGGUUGCGUCUAAUCCUUCUCCGUACUAUGGGGUGGUUGGGUUGGUAUUGGCAUCUGUUGUGGGGUGUGGGUGAUUGUUGAGUUUGGGGAUUUCUUUUGUAUCUUUGGUGCUGUUUAUAGUUUAUUUAGGGGGAAUGUUAGUGGUUUUUGUAUACUCUGUGUCUUUGGCGGCGGACCCUUAUCCUGAGGCUUGGGGGGAUUGGCGUGUUAUAGGGUACACGGCGGGGUUUAUUUUAGUACUUGUUGUGGGGGUGGUUGUUGGGGGGUUUGUUGAGCAUUGAAAUUUUGGGGUGGUUACUGUGGACAGUGGGGGUAUGUUUUCGGUUCGGUUGGAUUUUAGUGGUGUGGCUAUGUUUUAUUCGUGGGGAGGGGGGUUGUUUUUGGUAGCAGGGUGAGGUUUGUUGUUGACUUUGUUUGUUGUGUUGGAGCUUGUGCGGGGGCUGUCUCGUGGGGCAAUUCGGGCGGUUUAA